CACUGCCGCCAUAUUGCUUCUCUUUCAAGUCUCUCCGCUGUGAAUGUUGAGCUUUCGUCGCCGGUUAAUCGCCGCGUCGUCGCGGCGGAUCCCAGGUUCAUCGCGAUUUAAUCAACGAAACACAUCAUUCAGUCGAAGCGGCGAAGAGGAAGAGAAUAUAGAGGGGCGUCAUGGACUUCGCGUCUUUGGUCUGCUCCCCGCGGCCUCGUUGAAGGGAAAGGGGCGGAGCGACAAGGCGAGUCCGAGGCUUCGGCCUUGAGAGGCCUAAUUGGCAACUAAAAGCUAUUCUUAUUUUAACUGUUAAAGUUUGUGCAAGUAAUUAGUUUGGUACAGUUAUAGUUCGGCGAUUGAAUACGAAAUAUAAACGGGAUUAAAAGAAGCAGUGGGUAGCUGUUGUACAUAAACAUUGCAUGUGUGACGUAAUUGGAACGUAACGUACUGUAAAACUUAACCACGUAGAUAACGUUAAAAUUGGAUUUCAACAUAGAACUCUUGAUUACAGAUCGGCAAGAACACGCUUUAUAUAUUGCAAAUACACGUGAAUAUUGACAUAUUUUAACAUACUAUUACACGGACGUACUUAAAAAUUCUAAUUACCUAGCAAUAAUACACGCGAGUACACGGACGCGUCGUCACACUCGCUACAGGUAAACCGCGCACACCAUUGUACACACUUGCAUCGUUACACACGUGGGCCCCCCCUCACCCCGUGCACCAACGUCCACGAUGGGCUCCUCGAAGAAGCACAAGGAGAAGGAUCGCGGGGGAGUAGAGGACGAGAGGAGACGCGGGGAGCGCGGAGAACGACGCCCGCGCGGCCACAGGUCGCGCUCCAGGUCGCGGGACAGAGACCGCGACCGGGAGCGGGAUCGAACCAGGUCGCGCCGGGAGAGAAGGGACCGAGGGGACCGAGGGGAACGAGGGGAAGACACCUCGACAGGCGGACCCCCACCGGAGAAGAGAUCGAAACGCGACCACGAGGGAGACGAAGCCGUGACUGAGGGUGGAGAUGUCCCAGCGCCAAAGUCGGCAUCUGGGAACAAUUCCUUGAGUAUUGAAGAAACCAAUAAACUGCGAGCCAAGCUGGGCCUGAAGCCUCUGGAGACCAGCGAUGCUGCCAAGCAAAGUGAAGAGGGGAGCUCCAAGGACAACCCGGUGCUGUUCCACCCUGAGAACCUGGCGAGCAUCAAGAAGAAGGCUGUGCUCAAGGAGAAACUCGCGGCGCUCAAGGAGAAGAGACUCAUCAACCAGAAGCUGGGGAAGGUGCGCACGCUGGCUGAAGAGGAGGACUGGUUGGAUGAUGCCGCAGUGUGGGUGCAGCGCAGCCGCAAGCUGCAGCAGGAGAAGGACAUGGCGCAGAAGAGGGCCAAGGUGCUGGAGGAGAUGGACGCCGAGUUUGGCAUCAGCAGUCUUGUGGAGGAAGAGAUGGGAGCCAAGAAGGAGCCGUCGUACACCUCCAAGGACUUGACGGGGCUCUCUGUCGAGCACGACAUCGAGACCUUCCAGGAAGGGCAGACAGUCAUCCUGACGCUUAAGGAUAAAGCCAUCCUGGAUGAGGAGGACGGAGACGUGCUGGUGAACGUGAACAUGGUGGACAAGGAGAAGGCUGACAAGAACGUGGAGCUCAAGAAGAAGAAGCCGGUGUAUCAGCCCUACGCGGAGGACGAGUCUGUGGACGACCUGGCCAUUAUGCGCCAGCGGGCCGUGCUGUCCAAGUACGAUGAGGAGAUCGACGGGGAGAAGAGGAAGUCGUUCCAGCUGGAGCACGGCGGGACGGCGGACGGCAGCUGGGAGCGCGAGCUGCAAAGCGUGCGCGACACGCUGCGCAGCCAGGCCCAGCGGCUCGAGACUGCGGUGCCCCAGAUAGCCAACGAGUUCUACUCACCCCAAGAGAUGGUCAUGUUCCGAAAGACGAAGCGCCGGGUAAAGAAGAUCCGGCGCAGAGAGAAGACGUUGCGUGCCGACCAGCUGGCACCGCUCCCCGGCAAGACCUCGGGGGGGGCGGCGGCCUCAGACCUCGGCUCGCGGCGUCGUCCGGGCACUCUGCCUCUGCACUCUGCAGAGGGCGAGGGUGAGCAGGCGGAGGGUGAGGAGGUUCGUGGCGAUGGCAGGGGGGGUGGUGAGGAGCGACAGGAGGAGGAGGAGGGGCAUGAUGCCGACACCACGGUGCAGGACAUGCAAAUGAGCGACGACGAGGAGGAGCUGGUGACGCCCGCGUCACCCGUCGUGGUGGUGGAGGAGGACGAGGCGGAACAGGAGCUGCAGAGGCAGCUGGACAAGCAGCGGCGACUCCGGCAGAAGAGGGACCUGCGUGACGCGGCUAUCAGGGUCGCGACGGUGGUGCGGAGCAUGCAGAGCGGGGAGCGACGAGGUGAGAACGACGGUGGCGAGGACGAGGAGGAGGAGGACGAGGAGCGGAUGGUUCUGGGGGAGCGAGACCGGCAUGGCCACAUCGUCUUCAACUCCACGUCAGAGUUCUGCCGCACGCUCGGGGAAAUCCCCACCUACGGCCUGUCGGGGAACCGCGACGACCGCGACGACCUGCUGGACUUUGAGCAGAGCGACUCGGAGAUGCGAGCGGACGAGGAGGACGAGGAGGGGGCCGGCUGGAGCGCAGUCAACCUGGAGGAAGAGCGGGAGCGUGUGGAGACCCCAACGGGAGCUGGUGCAAUCCUGGAGGAAGAGCCGAUGAUUACGGGUGGUCUCGCAUCCGCUCUCAAGCUCUGCAACACCAAGGGGUACCUAGAGACGGAGGUAUCGAAGAUGGCGCGCGUCAAAAACCCCCACAAGACCCUCCCCUCCGCCCUCUACACCAUCGAGGACAAGAAUCACGGCAGCGAUGACAAGUACAGCCGCCGGGAGGAGUACCGCGCCUACGGGCAGGAGUUCAAGGACAAGGAGCACUACCGGCCAGACGUGCGCAUCGAGUACGUGGACGAGACGGGGCGCAAGCUCACGCCCAAGGAGGCGUUCCGACAGCUGUCUCACCGCUUCCAUGGGAAGGGCUCGGGGAGGAUGAAAACUGAGAAACGGCAAAAGAAACUCGAAGAGGAGCACAUGCUGAGGAAGAUGAGUUCGAGUGACACUCCACUUGGCACCGUUGCCCUACUGCAGGAGAAGCAGAAGGCCCAGAAGACGCCAUUCAUCAUCUUGAGCGGCAGCGGCAAGAGCAUGAACGCGAACACAAUAACGAAGUGAGGGGGUAGACCCAGGCCAGUGUGGGCACCUCCUGUGCCGCUCGACCUCCCACCCCCGGGGGGGUCUCCUCUCCUCGACCUUCUGCCUCCACCGACGACGACGACCAAGGAUCCCCAAUAUAGCCUUGAGCUCAGUGUUCUUCAUUGCAAGGCCCACGAGCCACUGGCGGCACCUGACGUACGGCACGCCCAGCAAUAUACAAAUGUGAAAACACCCUGUCACCGUGCUGCUGUCAAACCCAAUGGUUUCAAAUGCAUGGCGACCCUCACAAUGAUAUGUCUUAUCAACUGAAAGUGGCCCCUUGGAAAAUUAUUGAAGAACACUGCUUUAUCCAGGUAUUUGAGAACACAACGCCUAUGAAGGCCGGCAAUGGCACACGACAGAGCGGGGUUGGGGGGGGGGGGGCUGGGUGGCCAAACACCAUGCCCAGCCACCUUUAUCUCCCCCGUACUGUUGUGUGUUUACACAUCGCAGCAGGUAACUCAUUUAAGGCUGAGUCGGCGGCGUACGGGAGGUCCACGACCUUUCAGAUAUUAUUUACUGCUCGAUGUUAUCCUUCCAUUAAAUUAAUCAGCAGCAGCAGAAACCCGGUGACGUUAGAAACGCCUCCAUUGUGUCGCCAAGAGAUGGAGACGCUUCCUUUGUUUACCCCCUCACAGCGAGCAGUGCACCACCUCGUGGUACAGAAAUGGCGCAGAACUACUUUUGCAUCCCCUCCUAGAGCCCUGUUGUCUGCAGUCGGUGAGGUGUCAAUUAAAUCAAAAGCCUUGAUAACAGGCGUUGGGCCGGCACUGCAGAAAAACCUUGGUUGGAAUCCAGGAUUCAGACAGUGGCGAUUAAGCCGAUCUCUAUGCGAGUCUCCAAGUCUCAAUGUCAGUCAUUGGUGGCCGGACUGAGACCAACUCGCUACACUGAAGAACUUUGUUUAAUCGUGACUGGCUUAACCCAGAUUGGAACUUGUAAUCUCAACGGUGCCGGGUCGGGGGGGUGGUGUCUAAACCCAGAUAUUAUGAAUUCCCCAAGUCGCUCAGCCACAUGCAUUGAUGUCCAGGUGUGCUUCAGUGUUGGAUCUGUCCCAUGAAAGUAACCCCCUCCCUUGUAUGUAAAUUACUGUCCCACGUCUGCAUCUCUACGACCUGUAUGUUUUGUUACAAUAAAAAUAUUGGUGGGCCUUGUGUAACAUG